UACGCACACACAUACGCACAAACAGACAGCUAGUCAGUCCUUCACAAUCUUAUCAGCAGUGAAGAUGAAGCUGGCAGGGGUCAUCGUGUUGUUAUCCCUCUACGUCCACGGCGUUUCUGCUGGACUGGAGGAUGGAAAACUGUGUUACAUUCUGGAUGCUGUCCUUGUCCUGUAUGGCAUUGUGCUUACAGUGCUUUACUUUCGUCUAAGGAUGCGCCCGGAAAGAGGUGGAAAACCAGGGGGCAGCGCUGGUGCAGGGGAUGGCAUCUACCAGGACUUGACCCCUCGUGCUCAGGACACCUAUGAGUCUAUCCAGGUGCCCAACAAGAAGGCCUGAAGCGCCCUCACCUGGACAGGCGCUGCAACUGCCCUAAACAGACUGACAUGCGUCUGGUGCCAUAACAUGAAACCUUUUAUAAUGACAUCCAUAUCCACAUGCUCUCAUUUUUUAUUGUAUUGUUUUUCUAUUUCUUAUAGACGUACGGUAUCUGUUGUUGUUGGUGGUGUUAUUUCUGUUCAUUGCAAUUUUAAGUGUAUGGCUCAGUUUGCCAUUGCAUGACAUAACAAUGUGUUCUUUGGCCUCACCCUAACAUCAGUAAUGUGUUGGUCAGAAAUGAAAAGACCUCCAAACGUGGCAGCCAUUGUUCUGUGACAAGUUCUACAGCACUUUUUGAAAUAAGUAAUAAGCAAAAGCAGUAGGACUGGUGAAGUAAAAGUAAACACGGAAGUAAAAGUAAAUAGCACAUUCACAUUUCCAGCUCUUUGUUGUGCCAUAUGAGAGAGAGAGAGAGAGAGAGAGAGAGAGAGAGAGAGAGAGAGAGAGAGAGAGCUUUUUGUGUAUUAUCCUUGUGUGUGUGUGUGUGUGUGCUUUUGUGAGCUCUGCAGGCCCAUGUCUGAGGAAGUUGAGCAGUAAACCAAACUUUCUUCAAUAUAAAUAUAUAUACAUUGGAUUUAUAUCAGAUGCAAUGAUUGUAUUCUGCCUGACCUUGUGCCCUUCUGGACUGUACAUAGGCCUAUGGUACUGUAUGAACAUAAUAUGUCAUGCUGUGAUUUCUAUGACUGAAGAGGAAUAAAAAGAGCACAUUCCUCUUUUCA